UGUACUAAUAAAACAUGAUCAGCUCACUCACAAUAUUUGUCGGAGAGCUGUGGACUGUCGAGUUGGGACAAAACUGUCCACGACAAAAAAUGCAUGCAAAUUACAAAGUGUAGAAAAUUACGAUCAAUAAAAGAAAAAAGGUCUAUUAUUAUUAUUAUGUAAUUAGGUAAUAAAAUCUAAAGAAAACAAGAAGGAAAGGUACUAGUCAAAUGAGUGGCUAAGAUUCUUUAUAUAUAUCACAUAAACAGAUCCUAUUCUCAUCACAACUCCAUCACUUUCUUCCUCAUCCAAAAACCAAACAUUAUAUGGCUGCAUCUGUUAAUAGCAUCAACAACAGACUCACUUUAGCCAUGGAAAGAACUGGUCAAUGGGUUUUCUCUCAAGAAAUUCCAACUGAUGUUCUCGUCGUGGUUGGCGAAGCAAAUUUCUCUUUACACAAGUUUAUGCUAGUAGCUAAAAGCAAUCACAUAAGAAAACUGAUAGUGGAGUCAAACGAACCCGAUUUGACCACAAUCGAUCUUUCGGACAUACCCGGAGGACCCGAGAUUUUCGAGAAGGCAGCUAAAUUCUGUUACGGCGUUAACUUCGAGAUCACAGUCCACAACGUCGCAUCACUACGUUGCGCCGCCGAGUAUCUUGAAAUGACCGAGAAAUACUGCACAAACAACCUCGCCAGCCGUACUGAAGAUUUCCUUUCCCAAGUCGCCUUGACUAGUCUCUCCGGUGCCAUUGUUGUACUCAAAUCUUGCGAAGACUUACUACCCAUGGCCGAAGGCCUUAAAAUCGUUCAAAGAUGUAUCGAUGUUGCCACUCUUAAGGCUUGUAACGAAGCAAACUUUCCGAGUCGAUCGCCGACAAAUUGGUGGACGGAGGAGCUUUCGAUUUUGGAGAUUGAAUUCUUCGGAAGAAUAAUUACAGCCAUGAGGAAUCGUGGCGCCAAAGUUCUAACUAUAGCGAGCGCUUUGAUUACUUACACGGAAAGAGCGCUUCGAGAUCUGGUCCGAGAUCAUUCCGGGAACGGGACGAAAUCUAUAGCUCCGAACGAACCCGAAGUCCGAGUCCGACAACGGGAGAUUCUAGAAGCGGUUGUGGCUCUCUUACCAGCAGAGAAAGCUGCUUUUCCGAUAAACUUUCUCUGUUGUCUUCUCAGAUCUGCUAUCUUCCUGAAAGCAUCCAACGGCUGUAAGAGCGAGUUGGAGAAGCGGAUCUCUGUGAUUUUGGAACACGUUACGGUCGAUGAUUUGCUGGUUUUGUCAUUCACUUACGACGGUGAACGGCUGUUCGAUUUAGAGAGUGUGAGGAAGAUCAUCUCGGGGUUUGUGGAGAAGGAAAAAAGCGUGGCGGUUUUCAACGGUGGGGAUUAUAGGGAGACGUGUUCGACGGCGAUGCACAGGGUUGCCAAGACCGUUGAUGCUUACCUUAGUGAGAUAGCCGCUUAUGGUGAGCUCACUAUUUCGAAAUUUAAUGGCAUUGCUAAUCUUAUCCCCAAAGGAUCGCGAAAGGUUGAUGAUGAUCUCUAUCGAGCCAUCGACAUCUUCUUGAAGGCUCAUCCCAACUUAGACGAGAUAGAACGAGAAAAGGUAUGCAGUGUAAUGGACCCACUAAAACUCUCGUACGAAGCGCGUGUGCACGCGUCACAAAACAAGCGAUUACCAGUGCAAAUAGUCCUUCACGCUCUCUACUACGAUCAGCUAAAACUAAGGAGCGGAGGCGUGGAUGAUAAGAGUGACAUAGCUGUGACCGCUGUGACCAAGAACCAACUCCAAACAGACGUUUCUUUGGUAAGAGAGAACGAGGCUUUAAGGAGUGAGCUUAUGAAAAUGAAGCUUUUUAUUUCAGAUAUGAAAAAGGGUAGUACGGGUAAUACAAGUGUUCACACAGUCGGAACGACGUCGUCUUCUAAAGGAUCAGGCUCUAAAAAGACUUUCUUCUCCUCAAUGUCUAAGACUCUUGGUAAGUUGAAUCCCUUCAAGCAUGGUUCUAAGGACACUUCUAAUAUUGAAGAUGUUGUAGAUGUUACUAAGCCUAGAAGAAGAAGAUUCUCUAUCUCUUGAAUCUCUUUCUUUCUUUAUUUUGUAUGCCUAGGAAUGAUCUAAGAGUGUUGUGUUUGAUUUUUUUUUUUUUGUUAAAUAAUUAAUUUUGAGUGUUUUAAUAUACAAAAUUUGUAUUUUAUUGAUUCUUCAUCUUGUUUGUUAAUUAAUUAUUAGAACAAAGAAAAGGACAAUAAUAAGUAUUUGUUGUGUAAUGCCAUAAA